GUCCGCGCAGUUGAUUGUGCGUAGCUCGAAUCUCGAGCUGCUGAAUCGAAUCGAUCUGUGGAUAUAAAUGGGCAAAGUUCAAGUUAACCGCGAGACGCGAGUACGACGGUCCUUGUGCGGUCCGGGGCCCUUGCUUUUCCAUGGCUCAGAGGAUGGUGGGGACAUACUUCGUAGCGUUGACUGUUCCUAGUUAUGACUGUGGUUUUGACCCAAACGCCGCGAGACUGGUGAACGGUGAAUCGGCGGGAGUAGGUGGUGAAUUUCAGCAGGUGGUCGGUGUUUAAUUUCUGGGCGUAAAAGGUCGUCACCAACCCCACCCCUUGGAUAUCAUCCUCGUAGUGGCUCCGCUAUUAGUCAACGGAAAGACUUCCUCGAGGAAUCAAUAUAAAACACUCGGUCUACCGAUCGCCUUUCCGUCAACUCGCGGAGGUUGUCUGGUGAAUCUUUGACCUCUGUUUAUAAAAUUGACAUUCGGUUGUUGUCUUCGCACCGUACGCCACCCGGUCCCACUCGCCGAUUGCCAGUAAUGAUUUCACUAUGCGAGUAGCGGUGUCAACCGUCGUUGAUGACCCCAGGUGAUCGGUCGCGUUAUCUUCUUGCUGGUUGUUCAGCGGGGCGUGAGUUUGCAGGUGACAGUUGAUUGGUUAGGAGUGCUGAUUGAAAAUGUGCGAUCCGGUUGACGCCUACGUCGAGAGGAUGAGUUAUCUGAGGAUAGACGAAGAUUCAGGGGAUGGAGGACAAGGGCGUGUCUCGGGUUCCCGCCCCGAGGGUCAAGUCCCUGUGAGCAGGACUUCCUCCGCGGUAAGGGCACAAAAUUCUCAGCAGCGACCUGUUGGAGCAAUAGAAAGUUUCAUCGAGGGGGUUGACGUAGGGAGUGCACAGGAUGUGUCGAGGCAACCGCUACCCCCUGAAUACAAGAUGUAUGAACGUGAGAACAUCAUCGCUGCAUCCCGGUUUGCAACUCCAAAGGCUGUCGAGACGAUUGGAACCCACCAUCAGUCAUUGUCUAGAAAUCAGCAGGCUCCUGUCUACGAGAAUGUUGAUUAUUAUCCUCAGAGUGUAAUUCCCACUCAUCCACCGUAUUACCAUCCAGUCGAGACAAGGAAUAGCCCUAGAAGCAGCCCUCGAGGUUCCGUUGCGGGUGACACCUAUGAAGCAACCAAUUUUCGAAAGGCACAACCUCAAGUAGCUACUGGCUCUCGAUUCCAGUCUGCAUCCUCUCCUGCAAAAGAGUUACCACCGUACGAGGCACCUCCUGUCUACGAAAACAUACAAGAGGUUCAUGGGACUUUUUCAGAUUCCUUGUCCAGUCAUCACCAUCACCAUUUACAACAAAGACAACAACAGCAGCAGCAGCAACAGCAAAUUAAUAAACCUGGGCCACAGGUUCCAAACUUCUAUCAUCCAGCCAAUAUGGAAGGGGGGGACUACGUUGUGAUGACAGGAAAAGUUGCGACGCAAUCUCACCAAAGACCUCUAGGUAAUCAAAAUCGUAGUUUGAGUUAUGACGGUGUCAGUCUUCAGCGGGGUCCUCUCUUGGAUUCGUCCUCGCUCCGCUACUUAUCACCAACUGACUCACAGGGCUCAAAAAAUGCGUAUGUUCCUCCAUCCGAGUUGCAUCUGCAGGGGAGUAGAACCUAUACUUAUUCUCCAGAUCAGCAUUCUCCGAGAAUAAAUCACCUCUCCAUGUCUAAAGAUCACGCGGAAUCACCACCUGUUCGUGUCAUGUCGGAACCUCAGCAGUCUAAUUACAAAGAACAAAGUGAUGUGCAGCAUGGUUUUAGGCAGACACAAAACAUCGACCAAGCUCCACCGAGCUACCACGUCAGUUCCAACCAAGGAAAUCCCCGAUCCAUGACCAUGUCUAUGCAGCAAGUGAAUUUUUCACCUAUGGAUCAACGAAUGGACUCACCCGCAAGAAACUCCCCACCUAUCUAUCAAUCCAUUCCGAGCAGACAUCCACCUGGUUCACAAAAUGACCGCGCCGAUAUCCUAGCUCGGAAUAACUCGCCGUCAUAUUCGUCGACCCGUUCCAAUAGAUCCGAUAAUCAUUUACGGACAGGUGGGCAAACAGGAGGCUCCCCUAAGGCCAGUCCUACGCGGUCUCACGUUAACCCAGUGGAAACUGCUGUUCAAACAAUACCAAACUCUGUCGGGCAUCCUAGAUUCAACGCACCACCCGAUUCUGUCCUAGCAUCCCCUGUCAGAGGACAGGUUCAGCCUGCUGUAACAAGUGCAUCCCAAUCUCUGAAAGACGAAAGCACAAUCCAUAGACCGAGAAUUACUAGCCUCCCUCCUGGAGUUACCAGUGGUGUAGCAGGGCCUGUUUAUUUGAGCGGAGGAGUCCCCCAACUGCAGAAGGCUCCUGAAAUCCGAGCGGAAACUCCGAAGUCGGUUACCCCACCUGUGAAACCGGCACCUGGAAAGGGGUUACUGCCAUAUAACGUCACACCACCGAGACCAUCUGGACCGACCGAAGCAGAGCGGAAAAUAGAGGAGUUAACCAGACAACUUGAAGAGGAGAUGGAGAAACAGGAGGAAGAGGGGGAAUAUUUUGGGAUUUGCCAUACAUGUGGGGAGAAAGUAACAGGUGCCGGCCAGGCUUGCCAGGCUAUGGGAAACCUGUAUCACACAAAUUGCUUCAUUUGCUGUUCCUGUGGCAGAGCUUUACGGGGCAAAGCCUUUUACAAUGUGCAUGGAAGAGUUUACUGCGAGGAAGAUUAUCUCUAUUCUGGUUUCCAGCAAACCGCAGAGAAAUGCGCGAUCUGUGGACACUUAAUAAUGGAAAUGAUUCUUCAGGCCAUGGGUAAAUCCUAUCAUCCAGGGUGCUUUAGAUGCUGUGUAUGCAACGAGUGCCUCGACGGAGUUCCUUUCACAGUUGACGUUGAUAACAAAAUUUACUGCGUCAACGAUUAUCACAGAAUGUUUGCCCCCAAGUGCGCGUCUUGUGGCAAGGGUAUCACGCCCGUCGAGGGUACCGAAGAAACAGUUCGCGUCGUGUCAAUGGACAAAGACUUUCACGUCGAUUGUUACGUGUGCGAGGAUUGUGGAAUGCAGUUGACAGACGAACCGGACAAAAGGUGCUAUCCACUAGAAGGAAGGCUGAUGUGUAGAACAUGUCACAUACAACGGCUAUCGCAUACGCAACCCAGACCACCUCAGCCAGUUUCUGCCAGUUAUCAAUUUAUGGGAUGAAUCCUAUAUGCGACAUGUGUGGGGUCAUGUUACCAUGUAUAUCCCAUUUACGGUAACAGAUAUACAAUUGACAUAAUUAAGACGAAGUUGGCACCAGAUUUCGCCUCGGAGAACAAAUCCAGCGACGAGUAUAAACAUUGCGUAUUAAUAUUCCAUUAUUUAUUAACCUGAGAGUCUAGUUAUUUCAACAUGUGCAAAAAGUAUUCGGCACAUGUUUGAAAGUCAUUAUCCCUUUGAAUAAGAAGAUAAUAAUAAAAAAAAAAAAAUUAAACUUACAUUUGACAAAAAAUUUUUGGCCACGGCAGGAUAUCAGCGGCGCGACUCUUGGGGAAUCAGGAUACAUUGUAUAAUUAUUGCCUACGAUACUCAUGGCCUAAUAAUAGCUAAAUGCGGGUUAUAACGAAGACACACUGAAGUUGUAUAGACAACUGUGAUAUGAUAGAAUAUUCAAGCAUAAUAAUCUUUACUUUCUCGAAUAGUAUAGUUGGUUUCUCAAACGAGAUCUCUCGAUUAUCUUUUGUAAAUAUUGCGUGAUGUAUGUAUGUCGUUGAUUGGACUUAAUCAUUGAGUCGCGGUGCGGUCGAUUACUUCUUUACGAUACAUAGCUGUGUGCGGGGAGAUAAUUUUGUCAAUUUAUUUAUAGAUUUUAUAUUGAUUUUACCUAGUUAGUUUUAAAAUGUUAUGAAACGCUCGUGAAUCGUAGCUUGUCUCUACAACGAUGAUGAUGAUGAUGAUUCAGUCACUUUUCAAGAAAUCCUAGAGUAUCUGACGCAAUAUAAGUACAAUGUAGCGAUUAAACAUAUUUCAGAUCAAGUGGGAGAAAAUGAAAUAGGUGUAGGACUUUUCAAAAUUAAAUUUACCAACAACGCACAAGAUAAGCUGCCAAAAAUUAUUUUAAUUCAAAAUCCUACCAUUUUACCUAUGCAUAUUUCUGUAUACGUUAUUGUAUAACCGUUGUUCAUUUAUAGACUCGCGUUAUAGUACUAAUUAUUGUAGAUAUAAAAAAGAUAAAUGUUAUUUUAAUAGGUUCGUCUAGUUUGGUAUAAAAUCAGACUUCAAUGCAUAAUGCCAUCGGCUUUCAUCAAGUUUUCUCGAUCUGCCAGACCAGAUGGAGCAUUGAGCAUUACAGAGGCACGAUCAAAAAUUAUUUAUUUAUGUUAGAUGUCAUUGAUUUGAUCGAAUAGUAACUGGAGGAUCUACGAUUUUCGACCAUCGAAAUUUUCGAACUCAUGAGAACGAUUGGAAAACUUUGCUAGCCAAGAAUUUUUAUGAUUACGAUUUGUUAUAGGCGAAAAUUCCUUUGGAAAAUCAGCUCCAAAGCUGACACAAGUUGAUAAGUUAACGAGGGGUAGAAACUUAUCUAAGGGUAGGAUCCAUACAAUUUGUGAGAACCCUGGAGCGUUGCAACCAGGCUAAUAAAAAUUCUUGAUUGAAA